AUGUCCUCCUGCAGCCGCGUGGCGGUGGUCACCGGGGCCAACAAGGGCAUCGGCUUCGCCAUCGCGCGGGACCUGUGCCGCCAGUUCUCGGGGGACGUGGUGCUCACGGCGCGGGACGCGGCGCGGGGCCGGGCGGCCGUGCAGCAGCUGCAGGCCGAGGGGCUGAGCCCGCGCUUCCACCCGCUGGACAUCGACGACCUGCAGAGCAUCCGCGCCCUGCGCGACUUCCUGCGCCAGGAGUACGGGGGCCUCAACGUGCUGGUCAACAACGCGGGCAUCGCCUUCAAGGUUGAUGAUCCCACGCCCUUUGACAUCCAAGCUGAGGUAACGCUGAAGACCAACUUUUUUGCCACGAGGAAUGUCUGCAACGAAUUGCUGCCCAUCGUAAAGCCUCAUGGCAGAGUGGUGAACAUCAGCAGUCUGCAGGGCUCCCGGGCGCUGGAGCAGUGCAGCCAGCCCCUGAAGGAGAUGUUUUGCUGCGAGGAUCUCACCGAGGGCGACCUGGUGGAGCUCAUGAAGAAGUUCGUGGAGGAUACGAAAAACGAAGUUCACGAGAGGGAAGGCUGGCCCAGCUCGGCCUAUGGCGUGUCUAAGCUGGGGGUCACGGUCUUGUCCAGGAUCCUGGCCCGGCGUCUGGAUGAGAAGCGGAAAGCCGACAGGAUUCUGCUCAACGCGUGCUGCCCCGGGUGGGUGAAGACGGACAUGGCUGGGGACUUCGGCACCAGGACGGUGGAGGAGGGCGCGGAGACCCCGGUCUACCUGGCUCUCCUGCCUCCGGAUGCCACCGAGCCUCAGGGCCAGCUGGUCCGGGACAAAGUGGUCCAGAAGUGGUGGGAAUCUUCUGGGCUGCUCACUGCUUAA